CGCCGGGAGGCGGGACUGAGGUGGGUGUGUGGAACAGCUGAUGCUCUCUCCAUCAUCCGAUCGCAGCCACGGGCGACAGCAGCUGCGUUCGGAGCGACCUGCACGCACACCGCCUUCGACAACCGCCCUGCAACCUCCGAACCGGACCGGACCUCGGACAGUCGGCGAACCGGGACCGACCGUGGAAAUUGGAAUCACGCAUCGCCGACGGUGGUGGUGAAACCAUGGGCGUGGUUACUGGCUGGCAUUGUGGGCUGGCUCAGUAUGCCGGGCGUGUCCUGCGGGGGGCGGAGUGAGCAGAGCGUGAUGGGCAGUGUGGGCAGUGGUGUCGCAGGCGAGCAGGAGUUUGCCAUGAAGAGCGUGGGCACACGCACCACCCUCCCCCGAGCCCCGCCCACUUCCCGCCGGGGCCCCACCCACCGCAGCUGCAGCAGCGAGCGCGCCGCCCCCGCCCCCGCCCCCGCCCCGCCCUCCGAGACCACAGAGGGCGGGGCCUCCAGCGAUGGGCGGAGCUGCAGCACCGACCGACCCCAGCUCACCUCCGACUCCGCCUCCUCUGCGAUCGUCUCCAACGGCGACCGGCUGCCCUCGUCAAACUCCGCCUUCCAGAAUGGGGCGGGGCGGAGGGAGGGGCCUCGGGAACGCGUAACCGUGGACACCUGCGGAAACAACGUGGGUCUCGGCAGCGAGAAGACGAGCGGGGGCGGCGGACCUGUGACCCAGUACAGGGAGGGCCCCCCAGUGGCCAAAACCGACAAUCACAACCCUCCCAAAAUCCUGCCCGUGUCCGGGAAACUGGAACAGAACAAUGCUGGAUUAGUUCGUCCAUCAGCCUUCAAGCCAGUGGUGCCCAAGAGCUUCCACUCCAUGCAGAACCUAGUGGGACAGAGUGGGGGGGCCGGUGGAGGGGGGCGCAACGUUGCAGGCGGCGGAGGCGGGGCCGCAGGUGGAGGCGGCGCAGGGAGCGGUGCUCCCCCAGCGCCGGGGGCCCACGGGGAGCAGGACAGCCCCGGAGGGGGUGGGGGCGGGGGCGGGGGCGGCGGCGGCGCGGGGGCCGGAGGGGGCCAGGGGGGCCUGUCGGACUCCGGGCGGAACAGCCUGACCAGCCUGCCCACCUACUCGGGCUCGGGUUCGGGGUACGCGCCCCCCCACGCCCUGCCCCCCCUCAGCGCCUCCACCAGUCACAUCAACCGGCUGGGCACGUCGGCGGCGGCGCCCCCCCUGGAGAAACCGGGGUACCAGAACGGGCUGAGCGCCUCGGACAGCGGCCGCUCCUCCUCGGGAAAGAGCUCCUCCUCCUACCAGCGGCUCAGCCACCUGGGCGACGCCCCUCUGCCGCUGCGCCCCUCCCCGUCUUCCGACGACGUCAUCCAGGACCUGGAGGACCGCCUGUGGGAGAAAGAGCAGGAGGUGCUGCACAUGCGGCGGAACCUGGACCAGAGCGAGGCGGCCAUCGUGCAGGUGUUCGAGGAGAAGCAGCGGGUGUGGGAGCGCGACAUGGAGGAGCUGCGGCAGAACUACGCCGCGCGGCUGCAGCAGGUGUCCCGCCGCGCCCAGCGCAUGCAGCAGGCCCUGCAGGCCCAGAUCGCGCGGCUGCAGCAGGACAAGCGCCGGCUGCAGGACGAGAUCGCCGCCCUGCUGGCCCACCGCGAGGACCUGGAGAGGAAGUGCCUGGACUACAGGAAGGAGCAGGCCGACAUCCUGCCCCGGCUGGAAGAGACCAAGUGGGAGGUGUGUCAGAAGGCCGGGGAGAUCUCCCUGCUGAAGCAGCAGCUGAGGGAGAGCCAGGCGGAGGUGACCCAGCGGGCGGGGGAGAUGGUGGCCCUGAGGGGCCAGCUGAAGGAGGUGUCGGCCCAGCUGCGGGAGAGGGAGGAGCUGGUCCUGGGGCUCAAGGACUCCUACAGCAACAAGAGCCUGAAACUGGAGCACUGCCAGGGAGAGCUGAAGAGAACCCUGACAGAGGUAUCUCUGCUGAGGGAUAAGUUGGGCGGGUUCGAGGCCGAGGUGAUGGGCCUGAAGCAGGCUCUGGGAGAGCUGAGUGGGGGCGGAGCGGGCGGUGGGGGCGGGGCUAGGGGCGGGGCCUGGAGCGAGCUGUCCUCCCCCAGCAGCUCCUCGGGCGGCGCCCCCCAGGCCUCGCCGGACAACCUCCUGAGCCUACAGAGCGACGAAGCCAAGGCCCAGAGGCAGGAGGCGGAGCGGCAGGAGGCGGAGUUUAGACAAGCAGAGCGGCGGGAGGCGGAGCUUAGAGAGGCAGAGCGGCGGGAUGCCGAGCGUCAGGAGGUGGAGCGGCGGGAAGCGGAGCGGAGGGAAGUGGAGCGGCGGGAAGUGGAGCGGAGGGAAGCAGAGCGGCGGGAAGUGGAGCGGCGGGAAGUGGAGCGGCGGGAGGCAGAGCGGCGGGAAGCCGAGUGGCGGGAAGCAGAGCGGCGGGAGGCGGAGCGAAGGGAAGUUGAACGGCGGGAAGCAGAGCGGCGGGAGGCGGAGCAACAGGAAGCAGAGCGGCGGGAGGCGGAGCUCCAGGAGGCCGGUGAGCUGCGGCGGCAGCUGGAGCUCCUAACGGGGGAGCUGCGGCUGGAGCGGCAGCAGCGGCAGAAGCAGUCGCUCACCUUCGCGCAGGAGCGCCACAUCUGGCAGGACGAGAAGGAGCGGGUGCUGCAGUACCAGGCGCAGCUGCAGCUCAGCUACGUGGAGACGCUGCAGCGCAACCAGGCCCUGGAGCUGCGCAUGGGCCAGCUCCACGACAAGCUGGCCUCCUCCACCUCCCCUGCCUCGCCGCCACCCCUGCCCUCGCUCUCCUUGCCCCUCUCCCUCACCCUCUCCCCACCCCCCCCUGCCGAGGAGGAGAACCCCUCCGGCCCCGCCUCCACGCCCAACCAGCUGGCCCCGCCCUGGCCCGCCCACUCCCGCCUAGAGAGGAUCGAGUCCACGGAAAUAUGACUCUGAACGCCCGCCGUCGCAUGUCCGCACACACAGACCGCUCCCCUCAAGUUUUAAAAAAAAUAAACCCAGAUACCAAACCACUCGGCUCUCAGUAUCAUCCACUAGCAUCCACAAACCCCAGGUUGUCUGUCCGAGGAGGCUCCCAGACGAAGGGACAGAGACAGACGCCAAGCACACGGACACACCGCCUACACCGUCGCAUCAACACACUCACAAUCUAACGCCAAACACACCGAUACAUUAACACACUUACGCCGACACACUCAGAGAGACGUGCGAACACAGACAGACUCACAGUGACACUGGUGCUCUGUGCCCCGCAGCACACAGAGACACCCCAGAGGGCCCAGGAUCUCUGAUAGAGCCCAGAUCUAAUGGUCAGGGACUUAGGUCCCUCUCUAUACCAGCUGGUCAGAGAGACUGAGGAGGAGGAGGAAGAGGUGGAGAAGAAAAGGGGGGCUGGGGGAAAGGAAGUGUGUGUGUGUGCGUGUGAGGAGAGAAACACUGUUGUGAUGUGGAGGGACAGGAGUGUUUUAUGUGGGAUGGCGGAGGGAGGCGGACUUCUGCGCGCAGCUGAGGGGUUGGGAGAGGAACAGAGAAUUUCAGGGAGAAGAGGGGGCUUUUUAAAAAGCGUGGGGGUGGAGGUGGACACCGGUGGUCACCAGGAACAUGGGAAAGCCAAGCUCCCCAUCACCGCCAGUGGCUGCGGUUACCGAAGACAGACACCAGGGGGCAGUGCCGACACAGAGCUGACCGAUCAUACACAGAGACUUGACUCCGGGUCGACUUUUACAUUUCCUUUUACAUUUUGAACUGUGAAAGCAAACAGGACAAGAGAGAAACCUUGAAAGAGGUUCGACUUUGUUUGUGGAUUGCUCUCGGGAUGAUUUUUGUGGAAAGGAGAGUUGAGGUUAGAGCAGGAUGGCGGGUCUAUGAAGCUGCUUCAGUAUGUAAAGGCAGCAGAGACUGAGGUGCUACAGACAUAAAUAUCUGUACUGUAGGGAAUGAGUGUGUGUGUGUGUGUGUGAGAGAGAGAGAGAGAACAUGAGCGAGAGAGAAAGAAUGCAUGUGCUUGCAUGUGUGCAUACAUUACAGUAUGUUUGUGUGUGGAUGAGUGUGUGGGCAUGUGCAUGUGAGAAUGUAGGCACACAUUCAUGUAUGUGUAUGUGCGUGUGUGCGUGUGUGUGUGUGUGUGUGUUUGGAGAGACUUUGGACAGUCAAUCAGGGCGGGGCUGUUGGCAUUUCUAGAACUAGGGUUUAUUUAAAAGUUACAAGAGAUUUCUUUUUAAAUUAUUUAAAUGUUUUUAGAAAAAAAUUCUAAACACUUACUGGUGUAUAUCUGCUGUGUGUGUUAUUUUCAGUGAAACAUUUCAUCAUUUUUUUUCCUUAAAGGAGAAGUUUAACUUCUAACCUGCUGUCUGCAUUCAGGAAGAAGGCUGGGCUGAGUAUGACAUCACAACCAGGAGCAGCACAGACAACGCCACAGAGAAAGAGCAGGGGAAAGAGUGAGAGAGAGAGAGAGAGAGAGAGAGAGAGAGAGAGAGAGGAGAUAAUGCGGGGAAAUUUUGUUUUAAGUUUUGCCAAAUUUAAAAUGAGAGACAAUGCAUAAGUGCUGCCCCCUCUGGUCAGAGGCUAUAAUUGCUGCUAAGUACUGCUGUCAUGCUCAACUGCAGCCUUUGUAAAGAUAGGUGCAAUGGACAUGGAUAUAGAUAUCAUUGUUAUUUCUGUGUAUAUAUUUAUUCCAGUAUACUGAUAUAUUGCGUGUGAAUAAUUUAAGAAGAUUAUUAUUAACGUGAAUGAAUUAAACAGACAUCUCAGCUUUUAUUUUUUUUAACUAAGCAAAUAUAUAUAAAUAUAUAUCAACAUAAGUAUAUUCAAUUUUGAUCUACCACAUGGUACAAAUUAAACAAACAUAUCCAAAAAAAAAAACUUUUACGUCCAUUUGUUUCCUUUUGUUGUUACUCUGAAUAGAUGUUUUUAUCGUGAAGUUCAAGGGAAGAAAAUGCUACCAAUUGUUUCUUUUUAUAUUUUAUUUUGGUAUUUAUGUUACUGUAAUGGCUUAAUGAAAACAUACCCUUGUGAAUAUUCAUUUACACAAUAAAGACGCAAGUAAAACAACA